AUGCCAGUAGAUGGAUCAGAGGACCAGACCCCAUCCUCACACUCUGCUGCUCUUACCAGGGCAGGUUCAGAUGAACAUGGCGGCUCAGCUCUUUGUUCUCAAGGCCCCGAGGCUGCUUUUCCUGGCACAGAUAUCAACGAGGCUGGGGAAGGCAGCAGUGGUGGUAAAAGAGCCGGCGCUUUGCUGCAUAUCGACCGCCAGCGCAUCCAAGGAGCGUCUGCCAGUUCCGGUGCCGACGAGUUGCUCGGUCUUGGUGUGGCUGUGUACGACCAGGAUGUCCUGGAGAAAGGUGUCCUGCAGCAGGUGGACGAGGCCAUCCAGGAGGCUAGUCAGGCUGCUGCCAAAGCUGAGGCCGAGAAGGAGUAUGAGUCGGUGCUGGAUGACGUGAGGUCCGUUACAAUAUCCCUGAAGCAUAUCAGUAAGAUUAUUGAGCAGCUAUCCCCCUAUGCUUCGUCGAGUAAAGACAUCAGCAGAAAGAUUGAAUCUGUCAAAAGGCAGAAAGAAAAUAAGGAGAAGCAGCUCAAAAAGGUCCGCGCCAAACAGAAGCGACUUCAGGCUAUUUUGGGAGGAGAGGUCACCCAAAGGUUUGAAGAUGAGCUUUUGGCGGAGGAUGCAGAACACUCUGAAGCUGGCCCUUCCACACUCGGCAGUAUGCUCAUGCCAGCGCAAGAGACCGAGUGGGAGGAGCUAAUUCGGACAGGUCACAUGACACCUUUUGGCACACGAAUCCCACAGAAGGAGGACGUGAAGAAGGAGCCUCGUAAACUGAUGCUGGCCGAAAACUCUGCCUUCGAUCAGUACCUGGCCGACCAGGCCAAGCUGGCGACUGAAAGGAAGAAAAUCCCUCAUUUGAAAAAGAAGAGGAUCUCUGGUGCGCACAGACAAGGAUCCAAAGGAAAACCCUGCUCCUUGAAGGAAAAGAAAAUUCGAAAGCGAAUGCGAAAGCUCCAGAUAACUGCUCUGAAGGCACAUCCAAAGGCGAGACCAAAGUCUGAGCCUCAAGCACCAAAGCCAAAGAGGAAACCUCAAAUCGAAGGCGAGGAUGUUGAUAGCGACGGCUCCGAAUACCUGCCGAGCGACGAAGGCUUCGAUGCUGAACAAGAGGAACGAGAAGCCAUGGAAGAAGGCUUCGGAGAAGACAGUGACAAUGAUGAGUACGAGAUAAAAGCGUACAAGAGGAAGAAUGAAGCAAUGGGCAAGAGGCCUGUCAAGAAACAGCAAUUUGAUGAUGACUAUUCCCCAGAGAGUUCAGAUGAAGACAAUGUCUCCAAGAGUAAAGAGAAUAAAUGCAAAGAUGACGGGGAUCUGAAAUAUUACCGGAAGCGAAUAAGGAGGUGGAAGCGACAGCGUCUUCAAGAAAGGGAAGAGAAGCGGGAAAGGGGUGAGGAAAUGACGGACGACAGCGAUGCUGAGUUUGACGAAGGCUUCAAAGUACCUGGUUUCCUCUGGAAGAAACUUUACAAGUACCAGCAGACUGGAGUACGGUGGCUGUGGGAGCUCCAUUGUCAGCAGGCAGGAGGCAUCCUGGGAGACGAGAUGGGUUUGGGUAAAACCAUCCAGAUCAUCAGCUUCCUGGCGGGACUUAGCUACAGCAAACUGAGGACCCGGGGAUCCAACUACAGGUAUGCUGGUCUGGGCCCCACCGUCAUUGUGUGUCCUGCUACUGUCAUGCACCAGUGGGUAAAGGAAUUCCACACCUGGUGGCCACCUUUUAGAGUGGCUGUCCUUCAUGAAACGGGCUCCUUCUCCAGCAACAAGGAAAAGCUGAUUCCUGAGAUUGCAUCAUGUCAUGGCAUCCUGAUAACCUCCUAUUCAGCAGUGAGGAGCAUGCAGGACAUCCUUCAGCGAUACGACUGGCACUACAUAAUUUUGGAUGAGGGCCACAAGAUCAGAAAUCCAAAUGCCGGAGUCACCACUGCUUGUAAACAGUUCCGCACCCCCCACAGGUUCAUCCUGUCCGGCUCCCCCAUGCAGAACAAUUUGAAGGAGUUGUGGUCUUUAUUUGAUUUUGUCUUUCCUGGAAAAUUGGGCACCUUACCUGUCUUCAUGGAGCAGUUUUCUGUGCCCAUCACAAUGGGAGGAUACAGCAAUGCAUCACCUGUCCAGGUCCAGACGGCAUUCAAGUGUGCAUGUGUGCUGAGGGACACUAUUAAUCCUUACCUUCUUCGUAGAAUGAAGGCAGACGUCAAGGCCAACCUGGCCUUACCUGAUAAAAAUGAACAGGUUCUAUUUUGCAGGUUAACGCCGGAGCAGCGGCAGGUUUAUCAGAGCUUCUUAGACUCCAAAGAAGUCUACCAAAUACUCAACGGGGACAUGCAGGUUUUCUCAGGCUUGAUUGCAUUGAGGAAGAUGUGCAACCACCCCGAUCUUUUCACUGGCGGCCCCCGGCUGAUGAGAGGGAUCCCAGAGGAGGAGCUGACAGAAGAGGAACACUUUGGCUACUGGAAGCGUUCGGGCAAGCUGAUCGUGGUGGAGUCUCUCUUGCGCUUGUGGUUCAAGCAGGGCAACAGAGUCCUACUCUUCACGCAGUCUCGACAGAUGUUGGACAUUUUGGAGGUGUUUGUGAGGGAGAACCAGUACUCGUACCUGAAAAUGGACGGCACGACCACCAUAGCUUCCCGACAGCCCCUUAUCGCCCGCUACAAUGAGGACAAGUCUAUAUUUGUCUUCUUGUUGACGACCAGAGUUGGAGGUCUGGGAGUGAAUUUGACCGGAGCCAAUAGAGUUAUCAUCUAUGACCCAGACUGGAACCCCAGUACUGACACGCAGGCAAGGGAACGUGCCUGGAGAAUCGGUCAGAAGCAGCAAGUGACCGUCUACAGGCUCCUCACUGCAGGGACCAUUGAAGAGAAAAUUUACCACAGGCAAAUUUUCAAACAGUUUCUGACCAACCGUGUUCUGAAGGACCCCAAACAGCGGCGCUUUUUCAAGUCUAACGACAUCUACGAGCUCUUCACUCUCGCUGACCCAGAUGAAAAGCAGGGAACAGAGACCAGCGCUAUAUUCGCAGGGACGGGAUCUGACGUCAAGGCGCCGAAAAAACCUGAAAGAAACCUGAAACACUCCAAAUCCCACCUGAAGGAAAUGGAUGCAGACAAUGUUUCAGCAGCUACUUGUAGACAAUUAUCUCAGGGUCAAUCAAAUGGUACCGUGGAUGGCGAAACACAUCGAAAUGACCGGGACGCAGAGUCACUUUUAUCCUCCAAACUAAAGAAUGACACGUGCCUGAAGCGCAGGCAGAAAAGGAAGCACUGUGAGUCCAGAAAUGGGGAAAGACACAAAAGUAAACAAAGUCGACGUGAAAAGGACGCCCGCUUCGAGGGCCAUCGCAUUUCUCAUUUGGUAAAGAAGAGCGACUUCAAGGGAGCCGAAGAGCAAGCUGACGACCAGAAGAAGUCUGACGAUUACGUUUUAUCCAAGCUCUUCAAAAAGUCUGGAAUACACAGCGUGAUGCAGCACGACUCCAUCAUUGAUUCGUCAAAUCCUGACUACGUUCUGGUCGAGGCAGAAGCUAACAAGGUGGCCAAAGAUGCCCUGAGGGCCCUCAAAGUGUCUCGUCAGCAGUGCAGGCUGGCCCUUAGUAGAGCGCCGCUCGCACGGAAGCGCUUUGGACAAAAGAAGAAUUCGCUCCUGGUCGGACCAUCUGUGCACACGCCUCCGGAUUUGAACAAGUGCAAGGAUGCCGCAAUUGUAGCAAAGACAAAGUCAACGAAGCCUCUUUCCGGGGCUCAUUUCAGCGGGGAAGUCGCCGAAAACGAUUCAAGUCCGGCCCCGCUAUCCUCGUCCGCCCUGCUGGCGCAGAUGAGAAACCGCAACCACCUCAGCUUGCCUUCCACCAGCCGACGAGAGGAAGAAGAAGACAGAGAAGACGAAGCGGCCGGGAGCUCGCAUCCCCCUCCGAAAACCGAGCAUGAUGAGCUGCUGGUCGACCUGCGCAACUUUGUUGCCUUCCAGGCGCGAGUGAACGGGCAGGCCAGCACGCAGGAAAUGCUGGAGUACUUCAAACCCAAACUGAGCCCCGAGCAGGCACCCAUCUUUAGAGAGCUGCUCAGGAACAUCUGUGACUUCCAAAGGCGUUCCGGACAGGAAGGCCUCUGGAGGCUCAAGGAGAACUUCCGCUGA